AUGGCUCGGAGUGGAUUUCAGGCGGUAUCUCGCCGCAUAUGCGCAGAGAAAUGCCUCAAGCACGCUGGCACGGCAGAGGUUCAACUCAGCAUCCUGGACUUUCCCAACUCCACCAACGCGAACAGUAAUAACGUAAAGCGCUUAAUUAGGCUGUUCAAGAAUCAGCGUGGCUAUAGCCCAGCUGAACGGCAAAAUCGCAUACCUGCUGUCAUUGACGAGGCGGAUUUACACAGAGCGCUGAACGCCUCCGGAUUAAGUCGAGAAUCGCUUCUGUCAUGCAGCAGCAAGCCGCCCAGGUUAGAAUUCCCAUCUGGAUUUCGUAUGCAAUGUUUGCGUGGACGUGACAGGGUGCAAGCUUCCGAGGAAGUUUCUCGGUCGCUCGAUCCGCAUUGGGUCGUCGACCUCUACAUCGCAGAUAUAAGCGACGAGGCGAGGAGAGAUCUGAUGGAAGAAUACUCAAGCGAGAAAAAACCAGCGGAUGGCGUAUUUUUUCGCAAGAUACGGGAAUACCAGGGUAUAUUCGGAGAGCCGAACGAAUACCUCGAACAGAAGUGGUGGGCACGUCUUGGUGCGAUAACAGACUCGGAGCACAGGAAAAGCCAGCUCGAGAAGCUCUUUGGACAUCGUGAGUUUGCACCGGCAUUUGACGCCUUCCGCCAUUUGCCAGCUCUCUACUGUGGGCUUCGGCUAAGCGUCAUCAAUAAAAUGAUUGCCAUGAGAUGUCACAAAGAAUUACUGGCAUACCUGCGCUUCAUCAAGGAUUUUUGGUAUAACGUCUUCGACAGAGAUGAAGCUGCGAUGGAGAAACUUGAUGAAGACACCAUUGACAAGAUUCAGCUCACCGCACCCGGCGCAUGCGAACGACAGGCUCGUCAUCUUUAUGAAAAGGUCAACAGUGGCCAGAUUUUCAGUGCAUUCAGCGAUACCGAGAGAAAUAGAAUUUGGUUACGACUUUGUUCGGCCACCAAGGACUGCUUGGUCCCUUCGCUACUUGCCUUCUUCGAGAAUCUCAAGUACCUGCAGCCUGCAGCGGACUGCAUGCGACGACUCGUCCAUCUAGAGAGGAAGCAAUCUAUACGAUGUGCUUUUGAGAUCGCAUUCUCUCCAGGAGAUGGCGACGCGUGCUUCAUGCAGACCUCUUCGGCGUCUUUCACGACGAUCCCGAUCAUUGCCGCAGAUAGCUUCGACAUUGCGUACCGACAGUUGUGGCUGUACGCCCUGCGUGAGCAGCGGGAAAUGCCAAUCAAGCGCAAGGAAAAACUGGCGACGGCCAAGGCCCAACAGGCCGAUGAGGUUGUGGUUUCUCGAUUUGCCCGUCUGGCACAAAGGCUCGGAUUCAAAUCCGAUGAGAUUAAGGCUUUAGUGGAGAUGGAUCCGGACCGGGAGAUUGCACGUCGACUGCUGAUCACAGCAAGAAAACCAGAGGAAUUCGAAUUCGACGAUAUAAACGCUAGCAUUGAUACCGUCACGGAUGUGCUGGCCACGGCGCAGCCCAUUUCCAGGCAGUCAUUGACGGAUGAAGAUGACAUCGAUUGUGCCGAGCGACCACCAGCUCUGUGCGGCAAACCCCAUGCAGCGGAUCAUGCUCACGACAAAAAGCAGAUGUUCCUGCACAGGCUUCAUCGGCCGAUGCCAAGACCUCGUUUGCGUUUGACAUCAAUUUUCAUCCAGCGAUCAACAUUCUUUGCCUUCUUCGGCAAGGAUCUCGGCAUUUCCAUUGACGAUCUUGCAUCGGCGGAAGACAUGCACAUGCUUGACCAAAGCAGUAGACACGAGCAACGCUUGCCUGUGAUUUCAGGAGCACAAAUGCCCGAGCAAGUACUGGAGGUCGCCGAGCGGCGACCAAGGAGGCUGGAGAGGCAAGAAGUGCGGCUGGAACGACUGGCGGCCACCGAACAGCAGCUUUCUGCAAACAUUGAACAGCUGAGAAACGACAUGGCGCUCCAAGAAACGAGACUUCUUACACUGAGGGGUGAAGAGCAGGAGGCGCUUCAAAGGCUCAACAGACUGCAGCAAACAGAAGCCGAGCAUACGCUUCGUGUAGAGAGUCUUCAGGCCGACGAGCAAAACCGACAAAACGAAAUUGUCGCGCAGGAACAGAGACGAGCCAAUCUUGGCGACCAGAUCCGGCUCGAUCUCUUGGGUCCCGGCGAGAAAGAGCACCUGGCCACUGUUGAGAGAGACGGGGAAUUCCCUGACCACCACACAUCCUCGCGACCGGAGCAGGUAUCGCUGGUGGAAGAGGGGUUAUCUUCCCCACCAAUAGCGUCGAGCAACGACCUACCCGGGACCGCGGCCAACGAGCAUUUCGCGGCAACAGAAGCGCCUGGAGACCUAGAUGGGCAAGAAAUUCAGGGGGUUGGUUUGGAACAGGCUGUGAGGGAGGUUUUAGGUUCCCAUUAUGAGGCUUCAGACACUGCAAGUAGUGGCCAGGGACAAUCUGCAUCCUCCCCAUUAGUGAGUCAAGAUGAGAUCCCCGCACAUGAAGAAGUGGCAGAAGCUGAGUUUACUUCGCAAGUAAGUCCAUAUUCACCCCAUCCUAGCUGA